UGAUACACGUGGCUGACUAAUAACCGUUGAUUGAAGGGAAAAGAAAUCAAUCUGACGGCCGAGAAAGAAACCCUAACCCUGGGGUUGUGCUAUAUAUUGGUCUCAAGGUUCGCUUUCGUCCUCCUCUCACUCCGCCGGUCCUCACCUCCUUAGAAAUUCAUUCUGUCGGCCCUCUGUCUGCCUAGCCGCCUCGAUUGUAGUCGAUUCAGCAACGAUUUGAGUCAACGCUUCCCUGUUCUGCUCUUCGAUCUUCAUUUUUUAUCCUCUUGGUGGCAGAGGCUAAAAAAUUUCCGUCUCCCCCAUUUCCGCUUCGCUGGUGUAAAGUUUUCUGCUAAGCAACCACUAUGGGUAAGGAGAAGGUUCACAUCAACAUUGUGGUCAUUGGUCAUGUCGACUCCGGAAAGUCGACUACCACUGGUCACUUGAUUUACAAGCUUGGAGGUAUUGACAAGCGAGUUAUUGAGAGGUUUGAGAAGGAGGCUGCUGAGAUGAACAAGAGGUCGUUCAAGUAUGCUUGGGUGCUUGACAAGCUCAAGGCCGAGCGCGAGCGUGGUAUCACCAUUGAUAUUGCCUUGUGGAAGUUUGAGACCACCAAGUACUACUGCACCGUUAUUGAUGCCCCCGGACAUCGUGACUUUAUUAAGAACAUGAUUACUGGCACCUCUCAGGCAGAUUGUGCUGUCCUUAUCAUUGACUCUACCACUGGAGGUUUUGAAGCUGGUAUCUCUAAGGAUGGUCAGACCCGUGAGCAUGCCCUCCUUGCUUUCACCCUUGGGGUGAAGCAAAUGAUUUGCUGCUGCAACAAGAUGGAUGCCACCACCCCCAAGUACUCAAAGGCAAGGUAUGAUGAAAUUGUGAAGGAAGUCUCCUCGUACUUGAAGAAGGUUGGAUACAACCCUGAUAAGAUUCCAUUUGUUCCUAUCUCCGGGUUUGAGGGUGACAACAUGAUUGAGAGGUCAACCAACCUUGACUGGUACAAGGGCCCAACACUUCUUGAUGCUCUUGACCUGAUUAAUGAGCCCAAGAGGCCCUCAGACAAGCCUCUUCGUCUCCCACUUCAGGAUGUAUACAAGAUUGGUGGCAUUGGAACUGUGCCAGUGGGACGUGUUGAAACUGGUGUUCUGAAGCCCGGUAUGGUUGUCACUUUUGGUCCCUCUGGAUUGACCACCGAAGUUAAGUCUGUUGAGAUGCAUCAUGAAGCUCUGCAAGAGGCUCUUCCCGGUGACAAUGUUGGGUUCAAUGUGAAGAACGUUGCUGUGAAGGAUCUGAAACGUGGGUUUGUUGCAUCCAACUCCAAAGAUGAUCCUGCCAAGGAGGCCAACUUCACUUCUCAGGUUAUCAUCAUGAACCACCCUGGGCAGAUUGGAAAUGGCUAUGCCCCAGUGCUUGACUGCCACACCUCUCACAUUGCUGUGAAAUUUGCUGAGAUUCUAACCAAGAUUGAUAGGCGGUCAGGUAAAGAGCUUGAGAAGGAGCCCAAGUUCUUGAAGAAUGGAGAUGCAGGUUUUGUCAAGAUGAUCCCGACCAAGCCCAUGGUUGUGGAGACCUUCUCUGCAUAUCCUCCUCUUGGUCGUUUUGCUGUGAGGGACAUGCGACAGACUGUUGCUGUUGGUGUCAUCAAGAAUGUGGAGAAGAAGGAUCCUUCUGGUGCUAAGGUGACAAAAUCUGCCGUCAAGAAGAAGUGAAAGAUGCUGGUGGUUUCAACAAUGGGGUGCCAGUAUAUGGAGUAUAAUAAAGGCUUGGUUCUUUUCAGAUGUCUGGUUGAUAGUUUAGUUGUCUGUUUUAGUGCUCAUAGUUGUAAGUCAUCUCCUUCUCGCAGCUGCUGCUGCUGCUGCUCCCAGAACUGGGUUCUUGAUAGGCGGUGGUGUGUCAUUUUUUUAGGGAAGGGUUUUGCUUCUAUUUGUUUCUCUUAAAUGCUUUGUUAGUGGUGUGAUUCGUGAUUGUUGGUUUUACUUGUUCAAGUUAUCUAUUCUUUAAACAUAUGUAAUUCUAUUUUUUUUGUUAUUGGCGUUUUAAUCUUUAUUGGCU